CCCAAUUUUAUGCCAAAUUUUUUAUUAUUUUUCUUAAAAAAUGGUUUAAUUCAAAUAAUAAUAUUUAAGAUAUAAGUAUUAAAUUAAAAAUGAAUAUUAAUUUAAAGCACGGUAUACAGAGUCUAAAGUUAUCGCCCUCCGUAGUGCCACUGUUGCGAAACAACGUCAAAGUAAAAUACCAAAAUUGCAAUUAUUGCAUUGCUAGUGCACAAUCAAAUACUAGCAAACUCCAAGAAAAUAAUAGUGACAAUGAUUCUCCACAGUUAAGAUUCCGUAAAAACUUAUUAAACGGCCCCAAUUUGAGGGACUUCUUUAAAGCUGAGAAUUUGUCACAGCAAGAUCAUCUUCCAGACGAUGAGGUAAUACCUUAUUUAACUUCUAAUGACUUAUACGGACAGAAAAGGAAGGUUUUCUUUGAAGUGUAUGGUUGCCAAAUGAAUGUGAACGAUACAGAAAUAGUUUGGGCAAUUUUAGAGAAACAUAACUAUGAGAAAACAGAAAAUCUAUUAGACGCAGAUGUAGUGCUUAUUGUUACAUGUGCGAUUCGUGAUAGCGCAGAGGAACGAAUAUGGGGUAGACUUAAUUACCUUCGAGGCAUCAAGAAUAAAAAUUUAAAAAGAUCUUCAUUUAAAAUUGGAAUAUUAGGUUGUAUGGCAGAAAGACUUAAAGAGAAAGUAUUAGAAAAAGAUAAAACGGUUGAUGUAGUUGCUGGGCCUGAUGCAUAUAGAGAUUUACCAAGACUCUUGGCCUUAACUGAGAACAAUCAGAAAUCAGUAAAUGUUCUUCUGUCUUAUGACGAAACUUAUGCUGAUAUAACUCCAGUUAGACUGAAUGAGAAUUCAGUGUCUGCUUAUGUCUCGAUAAUGAGAGGCUGUGAUAAUAUGUGCACUUACUGUAUAGUGCCUUUCACGAGAGGUAGAGAACGGUCUAGGCCUGUCAGUUCAAUUUUAAGGGAAGUAGAACACUUGUCUGAGAGUGGAGUAAAAGAAGUUACAUUAUUAGGUCAAAAUGUAAAUAGCUACAGAGACAUUUCCGAAGACACAACAGUGAACAAUAUAACAACUUUAGCCAAAGGUUUCAAAACCGUAUACAAACCCAAGAAAGGAGGAUUGAGAUUUGCGGAUUUACUAUACAGGGUAUCCGAAAUAAACCCAGAAAUGCGAAUAAGGUUUAUGUCGCCUCACCCGAAAGAUUUUCCUGACGAAGUGAUUCAAAUGAUUAAAACUAAUGCCAAUAUCUGUAAAAAUCUCCAUAUGCCAGCACAGUCAGGCAAUUCAGCAGUGUUAGAGAGAAUGAGACGAGGCUAUACGCGUGAGGCGUAUUUGGAGUUGGUCAAACAUAUUAGAAAUGAGAUCCCUGAUGUAGCUUUGAGUUCUGAUUUUAUAUGUGGAUUCUGUGGAGAGACUGAUGAAGAAUUUGAAGACACUAUAACCUUAAUGGAUGAGGUCAAAUAUAACACAGCAUUUUUGUUUCCCUACAGUAUGAGGGAGAAAACUACAGCUCACAGGAGAUUCAAAGAUGAUGUACCAAAAGAAGUAAAAAUAGCCAGGUUACAAAGAAUGGUCACGACAUUUAGACAUAACGCCUUCAAUUUAAAUACUGCUCAAAUAGGCAAAGUUCAUCUAGUGCUCAUUGAAGGCUUUAGUAAAAGGUCUCAAAACUAUCUUCAAGGUAGAAAUGAUCACAAUAUAAAAGUAAUCCUUCCUGGUUUGGAUACAGUUCCAUAUAAAAACGGAACUAAUUCUAGACUAUUACAGCCUGGUGAUUAUGUGGCAGUUCAGAUCAAUAUGGCUACAUCACAAGUGUUAAAAGGUAUUCCGUUAUACUUGACAGAUUUACAAGAAUUCUAUCAGGAAAAUUUAGAAAAGUGUGCUGGAGUUUGUUGAUAAUAAAUUUAAAUUAAAUAUAUAUGAAGUCCCUGUAUAUAUUAUUUUGUUGAAAAAAUUAGUAUAUACAUUUUGUUUUAGAUAAAUAAACGUAUAGUGAUAUUGUUUAUAAAAAUUAAUAUAAACAGAAUUAAUGUGUA